CAAUUUCUUCACAAACAAAAACUUUGCGGACACUCCUGGUCUUUAUUGACUGAGUAUAGCUCCUUUUGACGAUAAAAAUAGGUUUUAAAAUGUCCUUAGAUACUGAAACAUCUAGUGGAGACAAUCUUGCCGACAAGGAACUGGCCGCAAACGUGGAAAACCUCUCCCUCACCGGUGCCGAGCAGAAAGUUGAGAAACAGGAAGCGAAAAAGAUUGACAUUGUUCUCCACGCGACCGGAAGCGCUCCGAUUCUGAAGCAGAAGAAAUGGUCCGUCGAUCCGGAGAAACCUAUCAGUGCCAUUGUUAAAUUCAUUCACAAAUAUCUGAAGCUGGAUCCAGAGGAACGAUUGUUUCUCUACAUCAAUCAAACGUUUGCACCGGCUCCGGAUCAGAUAAUCAAAAACCUGUACGAAUGCUACGGGACGAACGGCAAACUGAUUCUACACUACGCAAAAUCGCAAGCUUGGGGAUAAGAAAGCCGACAUUUCGGGUCAUACUUCUGGUCAUCCGACAACUUCAUUCCUUCAACCGCUUUCCAAGACACACAUGCUUUAACUGAUCGGGAAUAAAGUUCAACCAAAGGUUCGCUGCAGCACCACGUUACGUUUAUUUAAACCAACAUAUACAUUCUACAAGCUUUCGCCAAGCCCCUUAGUCACCACGGAGAGCUUCCAGCUCGUCUGCGGCCUCCUUAGCCACCCGGUGAUACUUGCCAAUCGCCGGGCGGUAGUAGUACGACUGAUAAUCGUGCCGUUCGGCCAUCUUAGCGCGCACGGCCUUCUCCAGGGCACGGAUGUGUGCCUUCUCUUCCUCCUCGUACAGAUGGUGCAGCAUCUUUUCGUACUCCUGCUGCGGGUUGGGCAGCAGGUAGCGGGCGAUGAAGCGCGAAAUCGGAUGCCGAUGGUACUCCCAGUGCUUGGGCGUGUAAUCGGCGGGCGUUUCCGUCAACGUUGCCGGCCCGACGAAGACGUUCGCGUAGAAGAUUACGGCACCGGCCGGAAUCAGCCCGAGCAUGACGUAGUAGUGGAACGUAUCCUUAAACUUGUGCCACUGGAAGCGGGACGGUGUAAUGGUGAAGUUCUUCGGUCCAUGGCCUCCGGACAUCGAACGGGUGCUAGC